CCAGGCUCUGAGUGACCUGUAGCCCCGAUCAUAUCUCGAUUGACACCAUGGACAACGGGGCCGGGAAAACAGUCCGCUUGGCGACAUCAUGCACCGAAUGCCAGCGACGGAAGCAAAAGUGCAGCAGGGAAUGGCCCUGCAAUCAUUGCCAAUCAAGGCGCAUCGCUCAUCUUUGUAAAUUCACACCUAAAAAGGUGCUCAAGGCUAAGCCCGCCAGUAAUGAAAGGACUCUAAAUACCCCUACGAAGAAUGCAGAUUCAGUGCCCGACUCUCAGGCUUCUGGCAGCGUUGCCAGUGGGGAGGAUUUUCGGAUGUUAGGAUACCUCCCCGACAACCUGCUCAAGGAAGGACCCGAACAAUAUCAAUCUACUGUAGUAUCACCGAGUUCUCAGGGAUUCAUAUCAUCGGAAUUGGAAAAGGCAAUACGCACUAUUCCUCCUAAGCCUUAUACAGAUAUGUUGGUGCAGCAUUUCCUGGGUGAAAUGAACGAGCAGUAUUCUUGUCUUUACCCAUCGACUUUCUUGCAUGAUUACGCUGCGUGGUGGUCGGGGAAAGCCGGUGGCCAGGCACUAGCUCCAGAGUUUACAGCCCUGCUGCUGCAAGUUUGUGCAUGCGCCACUCUUUACCUGGAUGCAGAGGGGAAGCAGAGACUCGAGACUGAAUUGGGCGAAAACUCUCAAAAUCUGGCCGAGCAGUACCACCGGACUGCCAAACAACUCAGCAAUACCAUCGGGCCUGGCAAGGGUGGCUUAACCCAAGUUCAACAACUAUUCGUUAAUGCAGUGUGGUAUAAAACCGAGGCAUUAUUUGUGGAAUCGUGGCAUGCAUUAGGUGCUGCCAUCCACGAAGCUCAGGAGCUAGGGAUGCACCGAAGCUCCACCAAGGCAAAGGUGUCCGAAUUUGAACGGGAGAUGAGAAGACGAAUUUGGUGCCUUCUGUACACCUGGGAUUGGCAAGUGUCGCUCCUAUUAUCGCGACCUUUUAUCAUCAACAGCAAUUAUUGCUCUUUUGAAUUGCCCAAUGUGAGGCUGGAGGCCGAGGCAGGGAUAGACAUGCCAUCACCAGUAAUACAUAUAGCCCUUCAGUGUCAACUAGGGCAGGCAAUCUCCAAGAUCCCUGGCGUGAUGAGUGGGAUCUUAGCCCCCAACCAAGCCAUUGCUAUUCAGCAAGAAAUUGAGAGAUGGUCCGACAUGUUCCCUCCGGCCUACAGACGCACAAAUCCGGAUACCCGAUGGGACCAUUCCCAUAGCUAUGUGCCGAUGCAACGGCACCAACUCCAUGCCGUGGGCUACAUGGUCAUGUUUAUGCCAUUGAAGCAAUGUCUAACCAUCGACGCCGACCCAAGCAAGCCUAGUCUAGAGAAGAGCCUUCAGCCAAUGGCGGUGGACUGCGCAACGAAGGUGAUGGAGUCAGCCCGGCUGCUACUGGCACACCUACUUCCUGCCAAUGGGAAGUUCCAUUUCGCGCCCUUUUUGAUCUUCGACACGGCCGCCUUUCUCUGCUCUGCAGUGAUCCACGACCGCGGCCGGAAUCUUGCACAUCGAGACAAAGCUGUUGAAACAAUCGGCAUGGGCCUCGAUGCGCUGGAGCAAAUAUCACAAGGCACUAAAACCGGUGCCACCUGUCAUUCAGUUCUGGCGAGGCUUGCCGGCAGAAUGCCCCUUUCUCCGGAAGAAAAGGUUCUUCUGUCCUCCAAAACCCCGGGAGGAUCAUUGGAAGGGCCUAACACGCCUCCUACUGUGCAUACCGAAUCGGUGACAUUUGUUAAUGACGAUGCGUUUGAUGCCUACCCGUCUAAUGGUUUGGGGGUUGGAUUUGACAUGACCCUACCCGCAGGGCUGGACCCUUCAGGAACAAUUGACGGUCUCGCAGGACUGGACGAUAUUCUUAACACCGAUAUGGGCGAGAUAAGUCAGCUGUGGGAUUGGGAUAGUCUUGAUUUGAAUAUCCCUGGUUUUCAUGACUAUAGCUGCUGAACCUGUUGCACAAAGACUUUCAUUGCCAGCGGUCGUUGUCAAUUGGCAAUCGUAAACAUGGGAUCUUGAUAUGUCAUACAUGGAGGAUAGAGACUAUAAUGAAUAACCUAUUGAUGAAAAUGAG